GGCAGCCUUGGCUGUAAGAUAAUAAACACCUUUAAUAUCUCUGCCGUGCUUGGGAAGAAAAAGGCAGACGUUCUUCCCUACUCCUCGUAUUCUUCCCGAGCUUUCAACUUACCCCUCCACAUCCCGCCUUUUUACUGUUUUCCCGAAAAGAUAUCCAUACAACCACAACAGUUUGCGAAUGUCAUACGGUCCUCCCCAAGGUCAACCUCCGUACGGAGGAGGAUACCCUCCUCAAGGUCCAGGUUACGGCCAAUUUCCUCCGCAGCACGGUGGUUAUCCUCCCCCUCCACAAGGAGGUUACGGUGGUCCGCCGCCGCCGCAACAACACUUUGGCGGACCACCACCCCCAGGUCAAUUCCCUCCUCCCCAACAGCAUGGCGGGUUCCCGCCACAACAGCAGCAAUGGGCUCCUCCGCCGGCAAUGCCCUCACCAGGCUAUGACCCCAGGGCGCAGGCGCAAGGUGACGCCUCACGCGACGCCGACGCUUUGAGAGCGGCGAUGAAGGGGUUUGGCACGGACGAAAACGCCCUCAUUCGAAUCCUGUCCAAACCGGACCCUCUACAAAUAGCGCUGCUGAGAACUACAUACAAUCAACGACACCGUCGUGACCUGGAAAGAGAUAUCAAGUCCGAGACUUCAAGGUACUUUUGUGAAGGACUGGUGGCGAUCGUCCAGGGCCCGCUCAUGCACGACGUGCACUCGGUCCACGGGGCGAUCAAGGGGUUGGGGACAAGGGAGGCGACACUGAACGACGUGCUCCUUGGACGCUCAAACGCAGACAUGCGCGCGAUCAAACAAGCCUACCACGAGACCUUCAGACGCACUCUCGAAGACGACGUGAAAGGUGAUCUCUCGAUGAAGACGGAGAGAUUGUUCAGCAUGGUCAUGGCGGCCACGAGGCAGGAAGAGUCUGCUCCCGUGAUCCCCCACGAACUCGAACGAGACGUGUCGGAGCUGCAUCGCACCAUGGACGCACGCAUCGGCACCGAUCAGAUCACUGUCUGCAGCAUCCUCGCCAAUCGAAGUGACGGCCAAAUCCGAGCACUGAGUCACCACUGGCAACAGAAGUAUCACAGCGAGCUCGAAAAGGUCAUUGCCUCGGAAUUUUCAGGCCACAUGAAGGACGCCCUGCUGCUCAUGGUGCGUCGCGCAUGUGACCGUGCCAUGUCGGAUGCGGUGCAGUUGGAAGAUGCGAUGGCCGGCCUUGGCACCAAAGACACCCUGCUUGUUCAACGGGUGGUUCGUGUCCACUGGAACAGAGCACACAUGGACCAGGUGAAGCGUGCCUAUGCUCAUCGGUACAAGAAGGACUUGAUCCAGCGUGUCAAGGGAGAAACUCGCAGCCACUACGAGGCCUUGAUGGUUGCUUGUUUGACGUGAUGAUUAUGUAGUGUUUUGUUUGGACUGUAUGGCGGAACAGACGAGUUUCUUCAUCUGUACCUGUCUUGACUCUCGUACAGUAGCGGCUUCACGGCAAGUAUGAGCACUUAAUAUGGGGAACAGUGGCCGGAAAGGGGGCUUUGUACAAUUUGCGAAAGUCACUAGUCUGAUACUCUUUGAAGGGCCAUCGGUGCCUUUGGGAGAUUUUGUUUGUAAAUCAUCCUUACCUCGGUUGAACCGGUUCACUUUA